CCGAGCCACCCAGGUGCCCCUGAUGUUGAUUUUCAUAACAAUAACUAAUACAAUAGCUAAUCAAGAUAUAGUAGAAUAAGAAUGUUAAGAUCUUAAAAUAUGAACAUAAUAUGUCCUUGCCUAUGGUAGGAACCGUGGGGACUUUGCAGUUGAAUUCCGUCUUUUUAUAUGGGUGGCUUGGAGUGUUUGGGUUAGUAACUGUCCCAAGUCAGGUAAUGGCAAAGCAUGGACUGUUCACCCAGACUAGAGUUUUUUCUUUAUAUUCUUCACUUGUCAAGAUUUGCCCCAGGGAAGCUGCUUGGCCUCUAUUCCAAUUUAGGAUAGUUGAGAAUUAUUUGAUCAGCACACAUAUUUUGAGAGCUUAGUCGGGAGCUAUGCUAGCUGUCAAAGCUAAAUAGUCAAGUAAGAUGCUGUGUGAUGGCCAGCCUCAAGGAGCUUCUGUAAGAUGAUGGGCCAGAAGGGCCUGUGGGUUAUGGCACAGUGUGGUAGGGGCCGUGAGGGGAGACCAGAGGUGCUGAGGGAGUGUGGGGUGCCAUGUAAUUUGGACCGGGGGGUUAGGAGGUGUUUUCUGGGGAGGACAAGCAUGAGCAAGGUCACAGAAGAGGAGGAGACGCAUUGGCUGGCAGAGCCGCGUGUCAGAGGGCCCACGAGUCUGAAGCUGUUCCCCAUGGCUGUGUUUCAGAUAGAGGGCUCAGGAGCAGGGAACUGGCUGCCUUUGGGGCCACCUCUGUGCCAGCCUAACUUUUGAAGUAAGAAUCAUUCCCAUUUUACAGAUGAGAAAAAUGAAGAGCAAUAGACCCAUUUGACUCUAGAGUUUGUGUUUUCAUUACUGUGCUGUGCAGUCAUUUUAAGCCGAAUUUUAAUCCAGUUUUGGAUUUUGUUCGCAUUCUAGACUUUUUAGUUUUGCUUUCAGAUUCUAGUGUUUUAGUUUUGCUGCGAUAUAGUGCUUUUUAAAGAAAUUGUGUAUUUCUCCAGCAUAUGUUUUUCAUAUGCAGCCUUUUCUUUAACAUCUGCUUUGCCUAUAUUGACUUAUUUUUCUAGCCCGUAUUCCCUCCGUUCCUUCUUUCUGUUUUGAGUUAUUUUCUUUUAGCAGCAACAUUGCGUUCAAUAUCCUUUAACAAAUUCAGUUAAGACGUUCUUUACCCUUGUGGUUCGGGUGUUGCUUACGUCUUGCUGAGUAGCAGUCCCAAACCUGAUUUACUAAUGUGUUUUCUUUCCCCAUUCUCUCUCUUAAUUUACAUUUAAACUGGUAGUCUAGUAAUAAUGAUAGUAUUUAGUCAUUAUGUCUUUAUAGAGUUUUACACACAUUAACUUGUUAGUGGUGAACAGGUCCCCGAGGCCUGGUCACUCUGUAGAGAGCAUGAGGGUUGCAGCCCAGCACAGUCAAAUUUCUACCCAUUCAUCUCAAAUGUAAUUAUAACUACAGAUUACUUAUGGGAAUAUAAGUUAAAGGCAAGGAAACCUUCUCCAGAUUUAGCAAGGAAGUGAUGUUGACUAUUCUGGAGAAGAUUUUAUGUGGUUCUUCUGCUAGAACUGCUGUACAGUUUUGAACACAGAACCAGGAGGGGUCAGUGAUGGCUGGAUUGAAGUGAGGAGGCUUGUUGCAUAGCCAUUGGUAGCUCCAGGAAGGGCUGUGAAUACUGGCACACAGCUGGACACCGAGGCUGCAAGGUCAGGAGUGGUAGAGGGUAGAUUUCUUAGUUCUUAACAUAAGUUGGACUUUUUGGUUGCAUGCCCUGGCAUUGGAUAGCAAAGACCUCAUAUUUCUGGACCCUGCUCUGCCUUUUUCAGGUUGAGGAAUGUUCUGGUGCAUCUUGGAUGGGUCUCUAGUGCUGAGAUGACAAGCUUCUCAAGGACACGGUCACUUCAUCAUAUUUUCAGUCUGGCCUAAGAUAUGCUCAGUAAAAAUGAGACAAAUAUGUGUGGAAGGAGUAUGGGUUUGAAAUGAGGCCCAAUUGAAUUCUGCUCCUUCCUUUAGCUAACUAUGGCGGUAAGAGACUUCACUACAUUCUUUGAAGAAGGAUAAGAUUGUCACUGCUUCGCUUCUUUCUUUACCGAAGUCUCUUCCUCCCAGACCGAGCUUUGCCGUAUUUUCCUUGCAGCAUAUGACACACGGAAUUUCUCUUUCCUAAAAUGGAGCCAAGUAAAAAGAUGGACCCCCCUGGCACCCUGCAGACAAACCCACCGCUAAAGCUGCACCCUGACCGGGGUGCCGGGACGUCCGUCUUCGUCCCCGAACAAGGAGGUUACAAAGAAAGGUUUGUGAAGACCGUGGAAGACAAGUACAAGUGUGAGAAGUGCCGCCUGGUGCUGUGUAACCCGAAGCAGACAGAGUGCGGACACCGGUUCUGCGAGACCUGCAUGGCUGCCUUGCUGAGCUCCUCAAGCCCAAAAUGUACUGCGUGUCAAGAAGGCAUCAUUAAAGAUAAGGUGUUUAAGGAUAAUUGCUGCAAGAGAGAGAUCCUUGCUCUUCAGAUCUACUGCAGAAAUGAAGGUGGGGGCUGCACAGAGCAGUUGACACUGGGGCACCUGCUGGUGCAUUUAAAGAACGAUUGCCAGUUUGAAGAGCUUUCAUGCGUCCGCGCUGACUGCAAAGAAAAAGUGUUGCGAAGAGACCUGCGUGACCACGUGGAAAAGGCCUGCAAGUACCGGGAGGCCACGUGCAGCCACUGCAAAAGUCAGGUCCCGAUGAUCACGCUGCAGAAACAUGAAGACACUGAGUGUCCCUGUGUGGUGGUGUCCUGCCCCCAUAAGUGCAGUGUCCAGACCCUUUUGAGGAGUGAGUUGAGUGCACACUUGUCAGAGUGUGUCAAUGCCCCCAGCACCUGUAGUUUUAAGCGCUAUGGCUGCGUUUUUCAGGGGACAAACCAGCAGAUUAAGGCCCAUGAGGCCAGCUCCGCGGUGCAGCAUGUCAACUUACUGAAAGAGUGGAGUAACUCUCUAGAGAAAAAGGUUUCCCUGCUACAGAAUGAAAGUGUAGAGAAAAACAAGAGUAUACAAAGCUUGCACAAUCAGAUAUGUAGCUUUGAAAUUGAAAUUGAGAGACAAAAGGAAAUGCUCCGAAAUAAUGAAUCCAAAAUACUUCAUUUACAGCGAGUGAUAGACAGUCAGGCGGAAAAACUGAAAGAGCUGGACAAAGAGAUCCGCCCCUUCCGGCAGAACUGGGAAGAAGCAGACAGCAUGAAGAGCAGCGUGGAAUCCCUCCAGAACCGAGUGACGGAGCUGGAGAGUGUGGACAAAAGUGCAGGACAGGCGGCUCGGAACACAGGCUUGCUGGAGUCCCAGCUGAGCCGGCAUGACCAGAUGCUGAGCGUCCACGACAUCCGCCUGGCCGACAUGGACCUGCGCUUCCAGGUCCUGGAGACUGCCAGCUACAAUGGCGUGCUGAUUUGGAAGAUCCGAGAUUAUAAGCGGCGGAAGCAGGAAGCCGUCAUGGGGAAGACACUGUCUCUUUACAGCCAGCCUUUCUACACAGGCUAUUUUGGCUAUAAGAUGUGUGCCAGGGUCUACCUGAACGGGGAUGGCAUGGGGAAGGGGACGCAUUUGUCGCUGUUCUUUGUCAUUAUGCGCGGAGAGUAUGACGCCCUGCUUCCUUGGCCGUUCAAGCAGAAAGUGACGCUCAUGCUGAUGGAUCAGGGGUCCUCUCGGCGCCACCUGGGAGAUGCGUUCAAGCCGGACCCCAACAGCAGCAGCUUCAAGAAGCCCACCGGGGAGAUGAAUAUUGCCUCUGGCUGCCCAGUGUUUGUGGCCCAAACUGUGCUAGAAAACGGGACAUAUAUUAAAGAUGAUACCAUUUUUAUUAAAGUCAUAGUGGAUACUUCGGAUCUGCCCGACCCCUGACAAGUCACUGGGGAGGUGGAUUGAGCAGAAGGCAACUCCUCUGGGGGGUUUGAACCGGCUGUCUCCACUGAGGUCCUCGCGCUCAGAAAAGGACCUUGUGGAGCGGAGGAAGCUGCAGAAGGUGGCCGCGGGCCGGCGGGAGGAGCCGCGCGUGAGGACACACCCGCCGUGUUUUCUAAUAGACUAGCAACACUCCACUCUGGAGAAUUAUUUAUCCUCCAACAUGAUAAAUACUGCUGUCAGAGAAGGUUUUCAGUUUCAUUUUUAAAGAUCUAGUUAAUUAAGGUGGAAAACAUAUAUGCUAAACAAAAGAACCAUGAUUUUUCUUCCUUAAACUUGAACACCAAACACACACACACACACACACACACACACACACACCUGGGGAUAGCUGGACAUGUCAGCAUGUUAAGUAAAAGAAGAAUUUAUGAAAUAAUAAUGCAAUUCUGAUAUAUUCUAAAAUUCAAGAGUGCAAUCUUGUUUCAAAUAUAGUAUAUUGUCUAUUUUUAAGGCCUCAUCUGGUCUCUGUUUUACUAAUUUGUUUGUCAGAAGACCCUGAAGUACACCUAGGUCUUUUUUGAGAGUCUAAAUUCAGGAUCAUUUUUUAAUUUAAAGUUCUAAGAUAAUUGUUAUUGCAAACAUUUUAUUUUAAAACGUUGAUAGACUGAUACUUCUUGGAAGAAAAUGUAAACUAUCCAACACUGGUUAUCACUUGUGAUAGGAAGGAAACUCCACUGUGCUGUUAUUUCUCGUUAGAAAUGUGAACCUUCAGUACGUGUCGUAGUCGAUGACGCUACUCCCAGGUCACUGUGAGGGGCCGCUCAUGGAUGCUGUGCAUCGUUUCACAUUUAUAAUUGUUUUCACCCUAAAAUAGGGCGUUCGUUGAACUUUGGAGUUCUCAACAAAAUCCCGUAGGCUCUUACAGUUCCGCCCCGUGUUCAGACGCGCUUGCCGACGGCUCCGACCUUCCGUGUCCAGCGCCGGGGGUGGGCAGGCGGCUCGUGCUGGAGGAGGCCGCGGCAGGGGUGUGUCUUCGUGCUGUCACGUUGCUGCGUCUUGGGAACGAUCUCCAAAGGCAGCAUCUGUGCGUAGAGGUGGUGGCAUCUGUACAUGUGCCUUAGACGCGACCUGCUGCUUCUCGACCCUGGCUUUGUGUGCACUGUCACUCUAGAAGUGACCGCUUAACCCGACGUUCCUCUCCACCACUAGCUCUCUGCCUCUUCCAGGCCCUCAGACAGCCCCGUUCCUGCUGAGGAAGCCAGGCUCAGCUGCAGCUUCUGGAGCGCCCACUGCUCACUUAUCACAGAUUCCAAGUCUCUGGGCCCCAAAAGUGAGCUGCCCAGUCCCAGCACGGGCGUGGUCCCACCCCUGGGGCAAGAGGGGGGGCAGCCACAGCCCCUCUCCAGGUCCCCACCUGGGUCGUGGGAGCCCACCGCCCCCACGAAGCAGAACCCUCUGAGCAUUCCAGAGACCGCCGCUCUCGGGGGGCCCGCCCGGGCUCACCGACAGGGUCCCGGAACCACCAUUCUCUCGGGAAGGGUGGUGUCGGGACCGACCCGGCCUGCGCCUGCCCAGACGGCAUUUUCUCAACUCACUGUUUACCUUCUCUCAAUGGUCCAACUGUGAUUAGAAGCCGGAGCCCUGCCUCCCUGUGCCCCUGUGCUAUGCACCACGCUCCAUGGGUGCUCUUACCACUGAUGGGUGCUACACGUGACGGGUGCUUCUUAGGCAAAACCAAUGUGUGUGAACCACCGCAUCUGUGCCGCUCAUCCAAAAGACGCGCCCACGAUUGGCCAGCUGGGCCGCGCAACUCAGACUGCCUGCCUCUGGGCUCCCCCGUGGUCGCGCAGGGACGGUUGGGCUGGUGCCCGGUGGCCCGCCGUGUCUCUGGUGCUGCCAUCUGCCCUGGGCGUGCCUCCGCCCCAGUGCCUGCUGGAAGUGCCCUCCUAGCACACCGUCCCCUUCCGUAAGUGGCCUCCUUGGUUCCCAGCACCCGCCACGCCCUUUUGCGGUUCAGUGCUUGUUGUAGUCGUCUUUUUUAUUUUCUCCGCCCUGUCCCCCCCACCAUUGCUUUGAGGGCGAGUCUGUGUCCUUGGUCCUGUCCAUGAGGAGUCAUGUGUCCCCGUUCAUAGCGAAGGACGUCCUGCAGGUGCUGCAGGACCCCUGUCCCCUUGAAGUUGUCCCCGACCUCCUCCAGACCCUGCCCUGGUUCUACCCGGGACACCCAGCGGGGAGUGGACGCCAGGUGGUCCUUGCCUGGCCUCAGUUGGCUUUCCUGGGGCUGGGGGUUACCAGCAGGGACAAGCCUGCAACUUCCCUUCAUUAAAAGUAUGGACAAUAUUAACAAAUUUGAGAUAAGCAACAUCUCGGUCUGGUAAAAAAACAACAACAAUACUUUGCCUCUCCUGGUUGGAAUUCUGCUGGGGGCGGGCCACCUGGGAGCAUUUCUGGAAGCCCCUGUCCCUUAGUGGGGGGACUUUCCCAGCAGCCCCUCCCAGACACGCUCCUGGUGGGAGAUGACGGGCCCUUUUGGCCUUCUCCCAGGGAGCCCAUAGGACAUGGCAUCAGGGACCGGCACCAUCCCCUGGAAUGAGGAUGGGUCACAGCAGAAGCUUCAUCCUGUGGCUUGAAAAUAGUCGGUGAUAAUGGGGGGUCAUACGCCUUUUAGCCACUGUGCCCCCUUCCCUCUUGUGCACUUGGGACUUUCUGGAAUGCAGCCUCCUGUGAUGGACACACCCGGCAUGGCUUCCGUCCUGACUCCUCGGUGCCCUGGUCUGGUGCUUGCGCCCAGGGCCGGCCUCAGGCUGUGGCCCCGGAGCGGCCAGCCCUCCUGGCUUCACAGGGUCCCAGCCACAAAUGAAACAUGUCGCACACAGUGUAUAUUGGGUGCACUUUUCCUAUUUCCUAAAAGUGACAAAAUUCCCCAUGAGACAAAACUGUUAACGAUGUUUAGAGAAACCAACACCAAGUCUUGUGCGUGAGUUGAGCCAGUUGGCUUCCCUGUCAGCCUCGUACUGGACACGAAGACCACUCCCUGUCUCUGCUUGCCUCCUCGGGUUCUCCGGACGCGCACUCUGGCUCAGCCCUGUGCUGACCAUGGAGGCUGCAGGAUGGGGAUGCCCGGGGCUGGGCUUGUCUGUGAGGAGUGGGCGUCAGGUUGGGGGUAUGCAGCGUGGUUGGCAUGAGUGAGGGGCUUUUCCCAGGACACUGGGAGUCUUUGCGUGGCCGAGCAGCACUUGGUAGCUGGAAAACGUUCCCCUGGGCCUCUUUUAGAAGUUGGGUGUUCCAGUUUCCAGGGUCCGCGGGUAACACAGAGGAGACCGUAGGAAUUCACGUAAAUUAUUCUAAGACCUGUCCGACAAGAGGGAGGCACUGCCCCUCUGGGAGUGAUUGGUGCAGGUGGACAGAGGAGGCACCGUGAGGGCCGGUGCCCCAGCCCCAAUUCGCAGCCUGUUCCCCGAGCAGCGUCUGGGAGGCAGCCAGCCGAGUGAGGGAGCUCUUGGCCAAGAUGCUCCUUUCCUUUCCUGCACGAUGCAGUUUUUCCUUGCCUUGUGACCCCAGAGGGCUGUGGAGCACGGGAGAGCCUGUCCUCCGUGGCGGCCGCCUCCGCCGGGCCCUUCACGUGCUGACCAGAUUCCAGGGGGCUCUCUGGCACUGCGGAUACCCCCGCGGCUUCCCCUAUACCACUGUGGCCCACCUUGGUGAGGCAGGGUCCUCAUGUCCCUCACCACACGUCCCACGUGAGGCCUGCAGCUGUCAUCAGCAGGCAUUGUCGUGAUCACCCACGGCAGACCUGGCGUCCUGCAGCUGGAGGGCCACAGCCAGCAGAGGAAAAGGUGUCCGGGAGACCCAGGUCCCAUGGUGGGUCCUUUCCUUGCCAGCCCAAGGGCGGUGGGCAGAGUGGCAGGACCCCGUCUGCAACUCACACCCUGGGGGGUGUGCACCUCCUUCUUACUCUGCAUGACGGAGGGGCGCCUCCACCAGCACCGGCUCCCGGCAUCUCCGCCGGUCUCCGAGGGGCGGGGCGGGAGGUCACACUCCUGGUGCCUCUUGCCUGAGCCUCAGCCCUCUGAAGCGCGUCCCUCUGCUCUAGGUGGUGAGCAGGGCUGUAAAAUACUGUGUUCUCACUUCUGGUCCAGAUCUUUCUCAGACUGUGGGGGAGAGCUCCAGGAGCUCCUUUGCAUUUGUGAGCGUUUGAGAGGUGAAUGAGGGGUCUAUCACCCAAAUCUGCUUCUCAGCCCAAGACCAUCAUUCUGUCUUCAGUUUGCAAAUCUCAACAGUUUUAUUUCCUCCAAAGUAGAAUAUGUCCACUGGGGUCUAAGUCAGAUGAGGUCUGUGUGUGGCUCCCGUGUGGACAGGUGACCUGGUCAUCACUACCAUCUGCCCGGGGUGGGGCAGGCUGUCACUGGGGAAACAGGGCCCGCGGGGCAAGGGAGCGUCCCAGGGGUGUGUCCCGAGUGGAGGUGGUUAGUCCGGUCCAAGGAGGCCCUAGUGGUACCUAGCAGUGCUUGCCUUUCAUUUCUCCUGCUGCUGCUGUAUCUCGAGUCUCUUGUGAACUCUCGCCUUGAAGAAGAGGUUCAAGUCCAGGAUGGCUGAACCACUCCUGCCAUCACCGGUGGUUGGUGUUUCUAACUCAGUCCCCUAGUAGACAAGUCAGAUAACCUUCAACAGCAAACUAAAUGAGUUAAUUGGUAAACACAAAAGCCGGCACUAUUUCCAAGGAUUUCUACCAGAAUUACCUGUCGAGUAACAUCUGUGAUCGAGGAAGUGUGUGGAUCCACGUAGGCAGUCGUGUCAGGUUUUAGAAUCGCAUUCUUUCUCUGGUGGCACACCUCUUCCUUCAGUUCUCUUACCCAAAAACAAAGACCAAAGAAGGCCAAUCUCUCAUUUGACUCUGUAUUUUUAAUCUGCCUGUUGUAAAAAUUGCCGUCUGUAGUAACCGCUCGUUGUGAGGACCCAUCUUGACACUCCAAGUGAUUGUGACCAGUGAUUCACGUCCUGUGUGUUUCUGCUCUUCUAAGAAAAAACAACAAAAAGACAGUAUAAGUUAUUGCUCAGCAAUAAUCAUGUUGUUAAUGUGAGUUAACAACAUGUCUCAUUUUCUGAUAGCAUUAUUAUGUUUUAUAUUUUCGUUUACUGUAUAUCGUGUGUGGUUUUAUUUGGUAUUUAUUUGUGUUUUGAGGUCUUGCGAUGUUUUUGUGUUUCUGAUGCUAAUAACUAAAGUUUGUAAGAGUGUAGAAUGCAAAACUUUGAAAUGCUGAACUGUCUGAUUAGAGGAAAAUAAAUCUGACUAAGGA